AUGGCCUGCCCAACAGCUUCACCCUCACAGAAUGAGGCUGAUUCCCAUCCCUCCCUCCCAAUCUGCCUUAGGCUUCCAUGUUCUGGCUCUUCACCUCGAUCAGCGACUGGUAUUCCCGCGGCCAAACGGUGUAGUUUUGCAACGUUUCUGACCGAUAUGAACCCUCAACUAGAGACCGUGAUCACCAUCUCAGGCCAGCGAGCACCCAAUCGCGACCCCGUGAGCGCCUCAGAGAUAUUUCCCAGCAUAGACCCUCAAGCCCUUCAAGUACCACGGGACACGCCGAAAUUGGAGUAUGAUCCUCUCCCAAACUCCACCAGUUUUCGUCUACUUCAGAUCUUGUCGGAUGGCGGUCAAGAUAUUCUGCGAUGCAGGAUGUUUGAUGCAGACCUUGCUGCCCAAGACACUCCGGAAUAUAUCGCCUUGUCGUAUACCUGGCAUGAAAAGAGUCUGCCCAACCUAUUCCGGCCCGUGUUGAUCAAUGAAAAAUACCUGGCCGUUAGCCUGAAUCUCUGGAACUUCCUCCAGAACUACCGCCAGACAGCCGGCGAGCGCAUCAUUUGGAUUGAUCAGAUAUGCAUCAACCAAGACGACCAGGAUGAGCGUGUCCAGCAGAUCGGGCAAAUGUGUGCAAUAUACGAGCGCGCCUCUAUGGACGUUUUCUGGAUCGGCGAACCGGAUGAACACACGGAGGAUGUCAUGGACAUGCUAGAGUCGCUGAAUCGUCUGGAGAUGUCCCACUUGGCCUCAGGCCAUCGGCAUCCUGGCAUUGACGCUCUGCUUAACCCUAUCUACAUGCAUGCUGUUGGAUUGCCAGUCUAUCCCUCCUCAAAAUGGGGUGCUCUUAUGCAUUUCAUUUCCCGGUCAGCAUUCGAACGCGCCUGGAUCAUCCAGGAAGUCGCCGUCUCUCAGAACACGGCGAUAUUCUGCGGGUUAUUGGUGCUACCCUUCGACAUUCUUGGAAGAGCCGCCACAUUCCUCGUCGAAAGUUUUUGGAUCACUCAUCUUCACGGCCAGUACAAAGUGUCCCGUGCCACGGGAUUUCUGACGGUCAUGAUGAACUGUCGCUUGCGGCAUCAGCAAGGAGAACGUCAAAGCCUGGAUCUGUUGCUGGCCUCGACCCGGCGUUUCAAGGCUACGAUGCCAGUCGACAAGAUAUUCGCCUUGAUGAACUUGUCCGAGAGUCGGAGGUCUGAGCCUCUGCCACCUCUACUUCAGCCAGAUUAUCGAAAGUCAGUUGUCGAGGUCUUUCGGGAUGUCACUCUUCACCUUAUCAGCCGAGGCUCCCUCGAUGUGCUUUCCGGUAUUGAGGAUGCGAAAUUCCGGCAUUUUCAUCAACUUCCAAGUUGGGUACCCGACUAUAGUGUGCAUCAGGUUGUUUCUAUCCUUUCUAUGCCACCCAGGAGCGGACAAUUGACCCUGUACGCUGCUGCUACAGCACGACACGUCGACGUUCGACAUUCACCCGCCGCCCCAAACACCCUGGUUCUGUCCGCCUACAUAUUUGACACCAUAGAAAGGAUUGCCCCCUUGACAGACCACGCAAGCCAGCUCAGAUUGGAGAAUUGGGGGAGACUUCUUGACUUUGGGGCACGAUAUCCGUCUGUUAAUGGAGAAUUUGGCACCAUGAUUGACGCAUUCUGGCGCACGUUGAUAGGAAACAUCGGCCUAGGGAUGCACGAGUAUCCAGUUCCACAAGAGUGGAUUGGACAUUUUGCUGCAUUUGCAUCACAAUCUCGGGAGGAACUCUUGGAGUACCUUGCGAGCUCGCAUGCAACUCUAAGGGAAGAAGGCGAUAUUUCCAGCUUGACCCCUGGCAUUGACUCAAUACUUGACGGGCUACGAAAUGUUCUUGCUCCUGAUGGAUUCCUAGGAAAAGAUAGCAAGAGGUUUGAGAGUACUGUGCACCAUGUGUCAUGGUCCAGAAAGCUCUUCAUUACCAAGACUGGGUAUAUAGGCCUGGCACCUCCUUCUGCCCAGCCCGGUGAUGCAGUAGUCCUUUUUUCCGGCGGGCGUGUGCCGUUCAUUGUCCGGGAAGAGAUUUCGGACAGCUCCAAGUAUUACCGUGUCGUGGGAGAGACCUAUGUUCAUGGGAUUAUGGAUGGUGAACUGUUGAGCGUUAUCGAGGGUGAUUGGGAAGACUUGAGCUUCCAGUAA